AUGGCCAAAUACAGCUUCAAUGAUGACUACUCGGAGGGGGUGCAUCCGAAACUUCUCUCCGCUAUCGUCGCGACGAAUGCCUCACAACAGAUUGCGUAUGGCAAUGACAAUUUCACCUCCGAAGCGUGCAACAGGAUCCGUGCGAAGAUCGGCUGCAAUGCCGACGUAGGCGUGUGGUUUGUGCCAAGUGGCACGUCCGCCAAUGCCAUCUCGAUCGGUUCCUGCCUAAGGCCGCAUGAAUCGGUCAUUGCAGCAAGCUCGGGUCAUAUUGUGGUGAGGGAGACCGGGGCGAUUGAGGCUACCGGACACAAAAUAAUCCAAGUGCCACCGGAGAACGGUAAGCUGACCGUCGCCAGCAUCCAAAGAGCUCUGGAUGAGAACUGGCACUUUCCACACAUGGCACGUCCAAGACUAGUGUAUAUUUCCAAUGCGACUGAGAUCGGCACGGUCUAUAGCAAAAGAGAGCUGAAGGACAUCAAGGCGUUAUGUGUCGAGAGAGACUUACUCUUGUUCUUAGACGGCGCAAGGAUAGGCCAUGCGAUGGCGAGCAGUAAGAAUGACUGUACCUGGCAUGAUAUCUUCGACUUGACUGAUAUGUUCUGGAUCGGCGGGACAAAGAAUGGCAGUCUGCUCGGAGAGGCUAUCGUCAUCAAGGAUCCGAAAAUUGCGGUGGACUUUGGCUUCCACGUCAAGCAACAUGGCUGUCUGUUGGCGAAAAGUUGGGUAAUGGGAGCCCAAUUCGCUGCAUUUUUCGAUCCGGAAAACAAUUUGUUCCUCCAUUUAGCAGCUCACGCGAACGAGAUGGCGGCGAGACUAUCGACUGCUCUUGUAGCGGCAGGCCACGAACUUGUCGCAGAGACGGAGACAAACCAAGUCUUCGCGAUAGUUUCACUGCCGGUGUUGGAACAGUUGCAGCAGCAUUUCAACUUCUAUAUCUGGGAGCGACUGAAGGACGCGAAGCAGGAGAAGGCCGUAAUCAGGUUAGUGACUUCAUGGGCGACUGAUGCAGAUCAGGUUGUAAAAUUUGCUGCGGUCUUAGAACAGUCCAGCAGAGCAUGA